AUGUGGAUCGUCGGGUUCCAAUCACGGACAAACGAGCGUUGUGUCCGUGUGCAUCUUUCAGUGUAUGUGGAUCGUCGGUUUCCAGCCACGGACAAACGAUCGUUAUGUCCGUGUGCAUUUUUCUGUGCAUGUGGAUCGUCGGUUUUCAGAAUUGAUGUGUCCGUGUGCAUCUUCCAUCGUAGGCGGAUUAUCGGGUUCCAGCCACGGAAAAUCAAUCGCUGGGUCCGUGUGCAUCUUCCAGUCAUAUGUGAAUCGUUGUAUCUCAUCCACGAGUCGGUGUGUGUUGUGGCAUUUUCCCGCGUAUGGGAUUCGCUGGCUCUCAGCCACGUGCCUGUUCUGGGUGUUGGCUGUGAGGCAUCUUCCAACGUGUGCAAGGCAUCACAUCUAUCUCGAUCGCCAUCGUCCGGUAUAGCUAUCACAGUGAACGAAAUACUUACGAUAUACCGGGUAUUGGGACCGUCAGCGGUGGUUUGCUCAGUGGGCCUCCUCUUUGCUGCCUCUUUCUACUGCUAUUGUUAUUUGUCUGUCGAUUCGAGGCUGAAAAGGAAGAAGCAGGAGUCUCCACCGGAAAAAGAGUACUCGGCCAAUGCUAGUCUGAAAAACAGCACGUUGAAGGAGAACAAUGUUUACAGUAUGCCGACGGGGAGCAGUAGCAUAAACCGGUUGGGCGUGGCCUGUCAAGGCGGCAUUGUUGAGGGAUAUUUGGUCAUACAUGACGGUUCAGAUGACCAUUACAUCACUAGAUUAAAUGGAUAA